UUUACGCAUCAGAUCAGGUGUAUCACUACCGUGGUGCUGCCCCUGACAGCUACUCUGCUUAUCAUCCUCCUCCUCAUCCUCCUUUAGUGUGCGCUGGGAAUCAGACGCCCCACUCCCUGCUUCGCUUAUGGUUGCGGGUCAUUGAACAGAGCAGCUGAUCACUUCUCAGUUUAACGUGCGGAGGCGCACCGGCUCCAUAUUGAUUACCUAUAACUGGUGUCAUGGUUAAGUGGACAGACAAGGAGCGCAGCACGAUCAAAGCUGUUUGGGAAAAGGUUAAUGUAGAUGAGGUUGGACCAGAAGCUUUGAGGAGAGUGUUGAUCGUCUACCCCUGGACCGAGCGGUAUUUCGGUACAUUCGGAGAUAUCGCCACUGCGACUGCUGUAAUGAAUAACUGCAAAGUAGCAGCCCACGGCAAGGUGGUGCUGAACGCCCUGGGCCACGCAGUGAGGAACUUGGACAACAUCAAAAGCACAUAUGCUGCACUCAGCCAGCUGCACUGCGAAAAACUCCAGGUGGAUCCCGACAACUUCAGGCUGCUGGCCGACUGCAUCACCAUUACAGUCGCCUGCAAAUUCAGGAGCGCCCUGGACCCUCAGAUCCAAGCUACCUGGCAGAAGUUUCUGUCUGCCGUGGUCGACGCAAUGUGCAGUCAGUACAACUGAGGAGGCCAACAAAACCCAGCUGGAGAAAAAAAAAUAAAACUCAUAUUUAAGCCACGUGUCGCUUUGUGGGUUUUUUUGUUUGCCCCCCCCCCACCAACACCCCGUUGUGUCCUGUAUGGCCCAUGCAAGG